AUGGCCGCCGUUCGUCACUCUUUCUUCUCUCAGCUGGUCUAUGGUGCUUUGAAUGACACUUUGCACACUUCUUUAAACCUGUUUGUACUGUUUCUACAACACCUGUUUCUCUGCUUUGUGUGUUCACUUUUUAAACCUUUUCCCCUUUUCUUUCUAUCUUUCUUUUCCUCCUUUUGCUUCCUUCUUUUUUUCUUCUUUUCCAGAGUCCAAAUGGGGAACCUGUUAAAAGUGCUCACUUGCACCGAGCUCGAUCAGGGGCCAAACUUUUUCCUUGAUUUUGAACAUGCCCAGCCGACAGAUGCAGAGCGUGAGGUGUGGGACCAGGUAGACUCGGUGCUGCAGGAGUCUGAGAGCAUCCUGUCGGGGCUGCAGUCGUAUAAAGGAGCAGGACAGGAGAUCAGAGAUGCCAUUCAAAACCCCAAUGACCUCAUGCACCAGGAGCGGGCCUGGAACUCCGUGUGUCCACUCGUUAUCAAACUCAAGACAUUCUACUGCUUCUCUGUACGACUAGAGAAGGCGCUGUACAGCCUGCUGACCUGCCUCACCUGUCCGCCGUACACGCCCAUGCAGCACCUGGAGAAGGAGCAGGCUCUGGCCAAACAGUUCGCAGAGAUCCUCCACUUCACGCUCAGAUUUGAUGAACUCAAGAUGCGAAUUCCUGCCAUCCAGAACGACUUCAGUUACUACAGACGAACCAUCAGUCGAAACAGGAUAAAUAACAUGAAUCUGGACAUUGAAAGUGAAGUGAACAAUGAGAUGGCCAAUCGGAUGUCUCUGUUCUACGCUGAGGCUACACCCAUGCUCAAAACACUCAGCACCGCUACCACCAACUUUGUCACAGAAAACAAGACACUCCCUCUGGAGAACACAACAGACUGCCUCAGCACUAUGGCCAGUGUCUGUAAGGUCAUGUUGGAGACACCUGAAUACUCGUCCCGGUUCAGCAGUGAGGACACGCUCCUGUUCUGUAUGAGGGUCAUGGUGGGGGUCAUAAUUCUCUAUGAUCAUGUCCAUCCCAACGGAGCGUUCAACAAACUCUCAAAGAUCGACAUGAAGGGCUGUAUAAAGGUCCUGAAGGAGCAGCCUAUAGACAAUGUAGAAGGUCUUCUCAAUGCCCUCAAGUUCACCACGAAGCACCUGAACGAUGAGUCCACUCCCAAAAACAUCCGGGCCAUGCUCCAGUAGUAUCUGCCCCCUCUGCUUUUUUUACUGUCUGUAAAUGGAUUUGAAGAGGAUUCGUGAGACCUCAGUAUGAUGUAUAUGUUUACAUUAUUUAAAGAUGUUAAUAUGUGUGGAUCAGUCAUUCCCUCCAACUUCUUCACUUUCUUUGGACUUUCUGAAAAAAUACAAACCUGAACGGCCUUUUACUGUUGAACUGUUGAAGCACAAAUGGACACCAGUCAGCCUUAUGCUACCAGUCUGUAAAAAAUGCAUAUAGUCAUUGGGCAUAUUAUUAGGUACACCUCUUCUAAUCUUUUGUUUACUAAUAUCAAAUCUAUGUGGCAGUUAAAUUAUUAUUUUAGUAUUAGUAGGCCUGGUUUAGUUUGAUUAUGUUUAUGCACUGCUCAGCCCUGGAUUUACACCUAGUUAAGAUGUUAUAUGUCACUUUCUUUUUUGUGGAUUUGGCACCUGCUUGUCUCCAUGGUGAUUAUUGUUUUGCCUGGAAUGUUCCACAGCAUGGCAUUAAACUUGUUAUUUCUGCAUGUAUUCAAAAGCUGUUUUUAUUGCUCAAAACACCUUGAAAAACAUGCAUUCUUAUUACUGUGAGCAGGCUCGCAUCUCCACACAUCUGUUCUAUAACUUGUUAAACCUUCCAUGCAAAGCAACAUGUUUUUAUACUUUGCUGAUGUUUGCAUUUACAAUCAUUGGACGAGGUGUACCUUAUAAUAUGUCCAACCUGAAUCGAUAAUGAAUUAUUUCUGCCUUAGAUCUCCUCAGUGUGAUUUUACAGUAUUCUCAUUCGAUGCAUCAAAGGAAAAUAUGCUAAAAUAUAUAUUGGUUGCAGUAAAGGGCUAUAAUGCUUGUGUCAUGGAUAUAUGGUUAUGACUUUUUAUUGUUCAGCAAUCAACCCCCAUCCACUGUGAACACAAAGCUUUGAAUGAAGAGGUGAAUGAUGAAUUUAUAUUUCCCUAUACAGUUUUAUUUAAUCGUUCUGUGCUCUGAUUGGUUGGUUGUGUUAUGUUUUAAGUAGCUUUCUAAACCUGUCCAGUUUUGUAUGAAAUGUUCUCUAAAAAACAACCAAAAAUAUUCAAAAUAAAUUACUUUUUAACAGUGAAUAUCUGGAGUUUUUAUACAUUUAUACAUGAAGUAAUGCAAUAGCAAUACACUCUAGCGAAACAUUUUUAACCCAUCUGUGUUUGACCCAUCAUUUACUGUAAUUCCAACGGGAAAAUCAGGCUUUGCCCACUGCGCACGUUGGUGAUCAGGAGCACCUAGCUUGUAAUUAUAAGUAUCAAAAAAGUUCAGUACUCGAUGCUCAUUUAGUGGUACAUACAAAGAAUGAGUGAAAGAAUAAAAAGCGGUUAGAUACUGUACUUAAAGCAGCAUCACACUGGAGGAUUGGCCAUUGUGCAUGUAUUAGGCUAAUGGGUUCCUCAGACAUGCAUGAAUGAAACCAUACAAAACCCAUGUACUGUGUAACUUUUUAGGUAAAGGGUUUGCCACUUGCCUUUUAUAUUGCUUUGCCUAGAAUGUUCCAUAGUAUACAUUACAGUACACAUUAACAGUGGACAUUAAACUUAAAUCUUACAUUUACAGGUGUAUUUUUUGGUCAAGUAAAAAAAAAAAAAAAUGCAUCCAUAUGGUUAGCUGGGUAACAUCUCCACAGAUCAAUCUUGUAACUUGACCUGGUGUUGUUAUUUGCGUUACCAUGGAAAUAGAUAUGUUUAAUGUCAUAUUGUGGAACAUACCAGACAAACAUCUAACAUGGAGACAAGCUGGUGGUGGACCCUACGCCACAAAAGUUAAACAGUGCACAUUUAAUAUAUUGAAUUCUCAAAAUAACUGAGAAAAAAUAAUAAUAUAUUUUAGUCUGUUUAACAAAGCUACACACAGUUCCUUCAUUGCAAUUUGCCCCCCUUUUUUGCCUUUUUAACUAUUGCCUAGUCUAGCAUCAUCGAACAAAGUACAGUAUUUUAUUAAAUCUAUAAAUUUACAUUCCCAACAAACAGCAGUUAGUCCAACCAUGACACUUCAAUUUAUUGUUUUUCUAAAUUGUGGAGCAACAGCUGUUACAAUUCCUGCUCUCAACAAACUAUUUGUGUAUUUACAGUAUUUUCACAAAUAAUAAUUGUAUUCAGUGGUGUUUAUGUGUUAUUUACAUAUUCAGUACAAGUGUGUGUUUUAUUUUGGAAAGCGUUGUGUAUAUAUGACAUAAGAGGAGGAUUUCAAAAUAAAAGUUCUGCCCUGAAGGAUGUACACAACAACAAAUGUGUUAACUGUAAUUAUUCUGUCUGGUAUUCUGCCCUGAUGCACUGGUUUUGUAAACGGCUUUGUAUUGAAUGGGACAUGUGUGGAUUUGAAAAUAAAGAUCAUUUUGUAUUCAAA